CACUAUCCAUCCCCAACUACCAUCUCUCCCCUGCCAUCACACCACACCACGCGCGCUUAACUCCAUCCCCAUUACCGCGCCCUCCCCAUGCCAUGCCCCUCGCCGAUUCCCCACCGUCACGAUUCCUCAGCACGCAGCCGCGCAGGGAAAUCCGCGCCGCACUAUCGCCGUCCCUUAUCAGCGCACCCCGGCUCUGAUCGCCGCCAUGCCCUUCCGGGGGAACGAUAAGGUCGCCAAUGAGACGCGGGGCUGCGCGCCGCAGGCGGCGUUUAUGAAGAGCGGACGGCUGCGACGUUCCGCCGCUGUGGUUCUGUGCCUGCAGUGGAGAUUUUUUGCUGAAAUUGGGCGUUGUUGCACGGGUUGAUACACGAACGGACGUCUGAUUUUAUUUCUCCGCGCUUUGUACUACACGCGUGCAACGUCACUUUUCGCGAACGUCAAGAGCUUUGAGCAGAGGAAGAGAUAUUCAUUGAAAAGGCAGCAUCAUGUCCGACGAGAAGAAAGAAAUCGAGGCCGCGCCGCGUCCGGCCAGCCUGACGGCCGGCGAGGUCGAAGAUGCGGUGUUCGAUCCCAAGGCGGAGGAUGACUUUGAGGUGUUCAAGAAGACGACGGAUGGGGUGCAGUUCCGGCUUGUGGGGUGGCCGAAGGCGUCUGUUAUUUUCUUGAAGGUUAUCUUCGCGACGGGCGUCCUGAGUAUACCUACGGCUAUGUUUGGCCUGGGUGCUGUGGGAGGAGCGAUGUCGGUCAUCGGCUGGGGCGUGUUGAAUACGUAUUUUGCGAUUGUGCAGGGCAACUUUCGCAAUCGACAUGCGCACUGCCAUUCUAUUGCUGAUAUGGCGCUCGUUGUCGGCGGGCCUGUUCUCAAGGAGAUCUGUGGCGCGCUGUUCAUUGCGGCGUAUGUGCUUUGCACGGGCUCUGGUAUCGUGGGUCUUGCGACGGGUUUGAAUGCGCUGAGCGACCAUGCCGCUUGUACGGUUUGGUGGGCGUUUUUGUCCGCGAUUGUGAUCAUGGUGUGUGCAAGUGUGAGGAAGUUUGAGAAGAUUGGGUGGCUGACUUGGGCCGGCUUCAUCUCCAUCUACGUUGCGGUCUUCAUCGUGGUCAUUGGAGUCACGACGCGUGACCGGCCAGCCGCUGCUCCUCAGACCGGCGACUUCGAUCUCGGGUACCACGCCAUCGCGUAUCCGUCCUUCAUUGUCGGCAUGACGGCGACGUGCACGAUCUUCGUGUCUUCGGCCGGAACGAGCGCGUUUCUUCCCGUCAUUUCGGAGAUGAAGAAUCCCCGCGAAUACAACAAAGCCGUCUACGUCUGCAUGGCACUGGUGCAAGCCUCCUACCUCACCUUCUCCCUCGUCGUGUACAAAUGGUGCGGCAAAUGGGUGACGAACCCGUCUCUCGGCUCGGCGGGCGGCACCAUCAAGAAAGUCUCAUACGGCGUCGGGCUCAUCGGCCUCGCCGUCUCCGGGUGUCUCUACCUCCACGUAGCCGCCAAAUACGUCUUCGUCCGCAUCCUGCGCGAUUCGCCGCACCUGCAGCGCAACUCGCUCAUCCACUGGGGAACUUGGCUCUCCUGCACCACGAUUCUCGGUGCCGUCGCGUUUAUCCUGGCGGAGGCGAUUCCGAUUUUCUCGUAUCUGAUCGCGUUGACGGGGUCGAUCUGCUUCGCGCCCAUGGCUAUCUGUCUUCCUGGAUGGCUGUGGCUGCAUGACCAUGGAGACUGGAAGAGGGGUGGUGUCGUCAAGAUGUUGGCGUACUGGGGCCAUUGGCUGUUGAUUCUGAUCGGCGCGUUUACGUGCGUGGGCGGGACGUAUGGGGUUAUCAAGCAGAUCCAGGUGGCGUAUUCUGAUGGGAUGAUUGGAGGGGCGUUCAGCUGUGCGGAUAACUCGGGGGUCCAUGGGUGAUUGAGGACGUGCGAUUGUGGGAGGAUUGCGACAUGUGCGAUUGGGGAGUCGAAGUGCUGCGUUUCAGUGGAUGAGCGGGUUUGGUGUAAUUACCACGGAGCUAGAUGUAAUGUUAUGGGGGAGAAGCAAUUUCGGAUUCAAGUCAUAUCAGUGCUGCGUUUUUGGAGGAAUAGAUGACAAUACGAACUCGACG